AUGUCAUCAAAUCAAAUCCCAACAUUACAUUAUUUCAAUGGUCGUGGAAGAGCUGAAACCAGCAGAGUUUUGUUGACUUUGGCAAAUAUCGAAUUCAACGAUGUCAGAAACACACUGCCAUUCGCUGAUGAUGGAAUCAAGCAAAAGGCAACCUAUAAACAAUUGCCAUACUACAUCGAUGGUGAUUUCGAAGUUUCACAAUCGCUGGCAAUCGAAAACUACAUUGCCAACAAAUAUAAUCUAGCCGGUGACAAUCUAACUGAUAAAGCCAAAGUACUCUCGAUCUCACAAGCAUCCUACGAUAUUUCGAUUCCAAUCUUUACGAAUGACACCGAAGAGAAGAAAGAGUUGUACAAGAAUGAAACACUACCACGUUUCCUCGCUGCCUGGGAGAAGAUCUUGGUUGACAACGGUGGAAAGUAUUUUGUUGGCACUAAGCUGAGUGCUGCCGAUGUCAGUGCAUACACCACCCUUGAGAAUCUAUACGCCAAGAACUUCAAAGAUAUCGUCGAUAGAUUCACAACCCUAACCUAUUUUAAAUCAACAUUUGAAACAAUCCCAUCGAUUUCAAACUAUUUAUCAAAGAGACCAACUGAUCUUAUUUUCUAA